AUGGCGUCGGCAAAUGACGCUAUGGAUGCGGCAGUGGCAGCAGCCAACUCGGCAGUGGCAGCAGCCAAUCGCAUUGACGCAGUCGAAUUACAAUUGACCGGCAUCGCGCAACAACUUCAGCUAUUGCUCGGUGGCGGCGGUGGCGCUGGCGGAGGUGGCGCAGGCGGCGGUGGCGCUGGUGGAGGUGGCCCAGGCGGUGGCGCUGGCGGAGGUGGCCCAGGCGGCGGCGGUGGCGCAGGCGGAGGUGGCGGUGGAGGUGGCGCUGGCGGUGGCGGGGCUUCCCAACGCCGUCGCAUCGACACCUCCUGUUUGGAAAAAUUGCACGGAGACGCGUCUCUGGCCCAGCUCCGCUCCUGGCGGAAUCGGUGGAAUGAUUUUUGCCACUUGAACCAAUUGAACGCCUACCCGGUGAAUGAGCAGAUGGCGGCAUUUCGGAUGGCGCUGGAUCCAGCCAUGCAGCAGGUAGUGGAGGUGGCUUUGGGCAUCCUUCCUACGUCGCCCUUAUCGCCUUCUGACGUCAUCGACCGCAUCACGGAUCACGUUCGAUCUAAGCGGAACAUCGCGUUGGACCGCGUGGCGUUUGACGAAUGCCGACAGCACACGUCCGAAUCCUUCGACGACUUCUACAUCCGCCUCCGGACGCUUGCGGACGCAGCCGACAUUUGUGCCGCGUGCUUGGACUCUCGGAUGGCUACCCGCAUUAUGGCCGGCAUACGAGACACGGAGACGCGGAGGAAGCUGCUGGCACUCAGUCCAUUUCCGACCGGUCAGCAGGCCAUCAACAUCUGCCGCAGCGACGAGUCAGCUAAGGCCAGUGAAAAAUCGCUGAAUCACCCGCCGUCAGUCGCACAGCUCCAGUCGAAGAGUCAACGUCCCGAUACGCCAUCCGACAACCAUAGAUGCGGCUCCUGCGGACGAUCGGCGCACCGCGCUAAUGACCCCUGCCCAGCGACCGGUAAGCAAUGUCACCGAUGCGGUGGCAUGAAUCACUUUUCUCCAUGUUGUUCGAAGAAUCGCAAGCAGGAGAAGACGGAAGGGGCCGGAGCGGGUGGCGGCAGCGGCGGUCAUGGCAACGGUGGCACCUCCAGUGGCGGCGCUAAUAGUCGGGGCGAUGCCGGCAGCAGUCGGCCGCGUUCUCACAUGCAGCGCGUAGUCAUCGGCAACGUCUGUGCAAAACGCCGUCGUCCUGCUCCAACCAUCUCUCUACAGUGCUGUGAUUCGGACGGGGCGGUCAUCACCACCGUGCAUAACGUGACCCCCGACGGCGGGGCAGAAGUUACAGUGGCGGGCCUCGAUGUGAUGCGUGCGUUGGGCGUAUCAGAAAAAGACCUCGCAUCCGCGGCGUUUGACCUUGUAAUGGCAGAUAAAUCUACCCCCCUCUUGGCUGUCGGUGAGAAGGAGAUUACAGUGUGUUAUGAGGGGACAACGGCAGCGAUCACCUUUACAUUUUGCCCGGAGGUUGACGGCGUCCUUCUGUCGUGGUUUGACUGUGUCGCUUUGGGCAUUCUGCACGAGGAUUACCCUCGUCCAUGGAGACAUUCACAAAAGGGUACGUCUGUCAGUUCUAUCGGAGCAACCCCACCAUCAUUUGUGUAUGACGGCCCUCUCCCAUUAUCUCCGUCCCCAGAUGAGAUCCAGCGGAUUGGAGACGCCAUCGCCCGGGGCUAUGCCGACGUGUUCGACCAGUCCGGUAUACUAACCGAAAUGAAAGGGCCGGAGAUGGUAAUCGAGCUGAAAGACGACGCGGAACCGUACUAUGUCAACGGCGCUCGCCCAAUCCCGUUCGCGGACCGACCGGAAGUAAAGAAAUUGCUGGACGGACUCGUGGAAAAAGAUCACACCAAGCUGAAUCGUCACGUUCGGCGGCCCACUCAUCCUACCCGAACUCCGAGAGACGCAGUGGCCGAGAUCAGCGGCGACGCCACCUACUUUUCAACGUUUGACGCGGCCAGCGGGUACAAGUUCCUGCGAGCCUCUAUGGGGUUGAGCAGCUCCAGCGACGAAUACAACAGAAGGGCGGACUUAGCGUUCCAAGGUGUCGGCAACACCGUCCGCGUCGUGGACGACCUCCUUCGGUACGAUUCAUCCUUUCCAGAACAUGUGAUGGGCGUCUGUGCUGUCCUAUCGGCGGCCCGGGACGCCGGCAUCACGUUCAACAUCAAGAAAUUCCAGUUUGCCCAACCGCAAGUUCAAUGGGUGGGAUUCCAAAUCCAACAGGGAGGUGUUGCUGUAGACCCCGAUAAAGUGCGAGCCAUCUCGGACUUCCCGCGUCCGACCAACAUCACCGAACUCCGAUCGUUUAUUGGGCUCGUCGAGCAGCUGGCCGGAUUUUCCACGGAGGUGGCCGCCGCCAAGGGCCCUCUACGUCCUCUGCUGAGCGCCCGUAACGCAUUCAUCUGGACCGAAGACCAUGACAGCGCGUUCGCGGCAGUCAAAGCCGCACUCACGGCGCCGCCUAUCUUGGCCCAUUUUGACCCAGAUCUGGAAACGUCCCUCCAAGUGGAUGCUUCCCGCAAGCAGGGGAUGGGUUACGCUCUACUCCAGCGCCACGGAUCGAUUUGGAAGCUGGUGGAUGCCAACUCCCGUUGGUGUACCGACACGGAGUCAAGAUACGCCAUAGUGGAGUUAGAAUUGGCGGCGGUCGAGUGGGCGAUGAGGAAAUGCCGCUUGUAUCUGCUGGGCCUACCUCACUUCCGCCUUGUCGUUGAUCAUCAAGCCCUCGUCACCAUCCUCGACAAAUAUACGCUAGAUGCCGUCGAAAAUCCAAAACUGCAGCGUUUGAAAGAGCGCCUUUCCCCUUUCAUCUUCACAACAGAGUGGCGCAGAGGCCGCGAUCACGCCAUUCCAGACGCCUUAUCUCGAGCUCCUGUCCACGAUCCUGGCCCAGACGACGAAGCUGCCAACACGGACGCCUCGUCCUUUGCCCGACACGUUGUGUUGGGUCAGAUCCAGGUCCUGCAACGCGACACCGACGACACCGCGGAGCCAGCUCACGGCGUUGAGCCCGACCACCUGCCGGACCCCAUGCUGGACCAACUGAGAGCGGUGGCCGCGGCUGACGCCGAUUACAGAGACCUUGUGACGGCCAUUUCGUCUGGUUUCCCCACUCCCCGAGAGAAAACGUCAAUGUCGGUGCGCCAGUAUUGGGCCAUUCGAGAAGCCUUAUCAGUCGAUAACGGAAUCGCCCUUUUCGGCCGCCGGAUCAUCGUUCCACUAUCCGCCCGGCGCGAGGUAUUAGGGAAGCUCCAUGCGGCCCACCAGGGGAUUGUGCGGAUGAAGCGGCGGGCCCGGCAGACGGUCUAUUGGCCUGGAAUUUCCAACGAAAUAACCUUCUUAGUGGAGAGCUGCCAACCAUGCCAGGAGCGGCGGCCCCAUCACCAACAGGAGCCCCUCUUGCGCGACCCCCUGCCAACGCGGGUGUUUGAGGACGUCUCCAAGGACCUUUUCCAGUUCGGCCAGCUUCACGUUUUGGUGUACGUGGAUCGCCUAUCGGGCUGGCCCGUUGUUCAUCGUUGGUUCCACGAUCCGUCCGCCCGUGAGGUUUCUCAGGCCAUUGUGGAGUCUUUCACCAAUCUCGGCGUCCCGGCAAGACUGCGGUCCGACAACGGCCCUCAAUUUGAGGCACAUGCUUUCCAGUCCAUGUUACGCAACUGGGGAGUCGUUUGGGGCAAUUCGACCCCGGGCUACUCCCAAAGCAACGGGCAUGCCGAGGCGGCGGUGGCAGCCAUGAAGGAUCUCGUGGCCAAAAUUGCGCCAACCGGCGACGUGACGUCGGAAGCUUUCGCCCAGGGGAUGCUAGAGUUCCGGAAUACCCCCAGAGAAAACGGACUCUCCCCGGCAGAGAUGGUGUUCGGCCACCAAUUGCGAUCCAUCGUCCCGGCGCAUCGAUCCUCCUUCGCGACCCAGUGGCAGAAAAUUAUGGAAGCAACGGAUCGCCAAGCGGAACUCGACGCCGUCAUUAAAUUCCGCUACGAUGAACAUGCCCGGCCAUUGGGGCCGCUUUCUGUUGGCACAGCCGUACGCGUCCGGGAUCCGAAGUCCAAACUGUGGGACAAAGUUGGGGUCAUCGUGGCCAUCGGUCGGUACCGGUCAUACCGCAUCAAAUUCGCGUUUGUUUAUUCCUUUAUUUUUGUUUGUGUUAAGCGGUUCGCCGCUCGUUGUCCGUCUUCACCGCUUGGGACGGGUUGUUGUGUACGUGGCAACGUCGCUUGCAACCGCCAAGGGCUACUUGCCGGUAAAGGCAGUUGGCUUGGCUUAGAGGCUGGAAGCAGUCGCACGAUUUGUGUGCUUACCCUGAAUACAAUUACGAUCGCCCUUAGCGACCGAACAAAGACAUAA